UCAUCUUCCCUGUGCUUGUUCACACACGCAUUUACCUUCACGUCGAGUGUGUGUAAAUGCAGCGUCGGCGGUGGACGUACUGGAGAUAAAGUCAAUGUUUCUUCUCACCCGUGCCGAUCCGCUUGGCCCCGGAGUCAUAACAGAACGUCCCUCAAGGACCCCUUCCCAUUGAGGUUCCCCCCCUCCUCCGGUCAGGAUGUCAUGGCGUCCUCAGUACCGCAGCUCCAAGUUCCGACAUGUGUACGGCAAGCCGGCACCCAAAGAGAGCUGCUACGAUGGCGUGCCCAUCACGUGCAGCGUGCAGGACAACAACUUCUGUGCCGUCAACCCUCGCUUCCUCGCCGUCAUCACUGAGUGUGCGGGGGGCGGGGCCUUCCUGGUCCUCUCUGUCCAUCAUACAGGUAAAGUGGACCCUCACCACCCGCGAGUGUCGGGCCACAGGGGCAAAGUAUUAGACGUCAAAUGGAAUCCCUUCGACGACUACUGCAUCGCCUCCUGCUCUGAGGAUGCCACGGUGAAGGUAUGGGAGAUCCCUCCUCACGGCCUGCUCAAGAACAUGACGGUGGCCUGGAAGGAGCUCCAGGGCCACAGCCGUCGGGUGAGCCUCAUCGAGUGGCACCCCAGCGCCAACAACAUCCUCUUCAGCACGGCGUACGACUACAAGGUGAUGAUCUGGAAUCUGGACUGUCCGGAGCAGGUGAUCAAGAAUCCUGUGCGGACCAUCAGCCUCCACACGGACGUUGUGCUCUCCAUGUCCUUCAACACCGAUGCCACCCUCUUGGCCACAACCUGCAAGGACAAGAAAGUCCGGCUCCUGGAGCCGCGGUCGGGGACCCUGCUCCAGGAAACCAACUGCAAGACUCACAAGGCCAGCAAGGUGCUGAUUCUGGACAACGUCAACAAGCUGCUCACCUCAGGCACGUCCAGGUGGAACGACAGACAGAUUGCACUUUGGGACCUGGGUGACCUGUCAGUGCCUUUGGUCGAGGAAAAUCUAGAUGGUUCGUCAGGUUUCCUCUUUCCGUUCUACGACCCGGACACACACAUGCUGUACCUGGCCGGGAAGGGGGACGGGAACAUCAGGUACUAUGAGAUCAGCUCGGAAAAGCCGUACAUCCACUACCUGACGGAGUACCGCUCCAAUUUACCUCAGAAAGGGAUGGGUGUGAUGCCAAAGAGAGGCCUGGACGUGAGCAUGUGCGAAGUUUUUCGCUUCUACAAACUGGUGACCAUCAAGACUCUCAUCGAGCCGCUGUCCAUGAUCGUCCCUCGCAGGUCCGAGUCGUACCAGGAGGACAUCUAUCCAAUGACGGCGGGCAACAAGCCCGCCUUGACCGCCGACGAGUGGCUGAGCGGCAUCGACAGAGGCCCAGUGCUGAUGUCGCUAAAGCCCGGCCGUCCGGUGGACGAAUCCAACGGCGAGACCGAUAAGGCUCACGGUAGAGCGUACAUUAGGGAACAGCCGGGCGGCGGCAAGACGGCCAACAACGGCGUGGCUGGAGACGGCAGGAGGGUGGUGACUAACGGACAAGACUUCCUGCUCUGCUCGCCACCCAAAACGGAAAAUGAGCUUCGCGUGAAAUUCCACAAGCAGCAGGACGAAAUCCGCCGACUGGUGGAGCUUCUCCAACAGAGGGACGUGCACAUCAAGCAGCUGGAGCUAGAGAUCAACAAUUUGAAAAACUCUCAGCAGAACUCACUUUAACACAGUUCCCUUCUUUUUCUUUUUUUUUUUUUUUUUAGACAAGCACGCGCUUCCUGUAGUCACAUAUAAGGUGCACAUAUUGUUGAUGUAAAUACACUCAGUGAUUCUUACCCACACGCUUUUAAAAACUUGCACACUUUUAUUUUAUAUCGCAGCUAUGCAAUUUUUUAGCUUUUUUUUUUAAAACGCUUUUUAUAAGCGGAAAGAAAAACAAACAUGCUGUCUGCUUUAAAAAGGAGAAAAAAACAAAUCCGUAAUUGUAUGUGAGCCCAUUCUGUUUGUUGGCGUCAAUGUUCAAAAAAGUACACUGAAAAGAAAAAACUAGAUAAAACUGAUAAUGUGCUUCCUUUUUUUUUUCUUUCUUUUGCAAUGAUUUGAAUCUUUUCAUCCACUCUUGAUGGCAGCUUUUGUAGAGGCCAAGACCAAAAGCACGCUUUCGUCCUCAUCUUUCAUCCAGCAUUGGUUUGUUUUAAUUGGGAAGUGCAGCGCCAAAUGAAUGGAAGCUCGGGCUUGACAUGUUUGUUGUGUAUGACAUCUAAAGCUGGUGCAGUUCUUUACUGUGGUUGAGUCACUGUGAAAAAAAGUUGGCAUUUUAUUAAAAAAAGCCUCCAAUGAACACCUCUUGUUCACUUUUAUAAAAAAACAAAAACAUUUUGCCAGGAAUAAACUGGCAGGCUCAUCUGAUGUCAAUGUUGUCUGGUGCAUUUAAUGAUUAUUUUUUUUGUCGAGUUUUCAGAUGUCCAACUUUGUGAGUGAUGAUUGAACACAUCUUGAGUCUACCGACGAACAUAGUGAUGACGAUGAUUAAAGGAACUUGAGUACGACUUGGCGACCAACCGCCAGAGCUUUCAGCAAAAAAAAGCAACGUCACCAAGAGUGAACCAGACUCCAGCCUCGGCCGCUUGCCACCUACCUUCGUCAUCGUCGUCGUCCACGCCGUCCACCUCGACAUCGGAGUCUGAGGCCUCCUUGUCCUCGCAGUCAUAGCCGUCCAGGUAGAUGAGCUGGGGCAGCAGUUUGAACACGCUGUCCUUGUAGUCGCAAAUGGAGGUCACGUCGCAGUUGAACAGGUCCAAACUUUUCAGGUGUUUCAGCUUUUUCUGCGAGUUGCACAAAACCAUGUUGGCAAAAAAGGAGAGAGCGCGAGAGAGAGCUUUGGACAUACCAGUGGUUCCAACGUGCUGAGUUCUUUCAAUUUGUUGCCGCUCAGACUUAGAUGUGUAAGGUUGGGGAGUUUCUGUGCUAAGACCUCCAGGCCGCCGCUGAUUUUGUUGUCGCUCAACUCCAGCUGAAAGAGAACAGAUGGUGCUUACUACAAUGUCUCUCAACAUACGGCAAGUGAGUAACCCCGACCGGCCGCCUUACCUUUUUGAGCUUUUCUAGUCUGGGUAUGUUGGAGAUUGAUGAUAAGCCGACAUCUAUCAAACUGAGGAAAACCAGGUUGACAAACUCAUCCGUGAGGCCUUCGGUAUUUCCGUCGGCCGUUUUGCAGUUGUCGAGGACGAGUUCUCGUACCUUAAGUGUGGAAAACAAUACGGCUCUUAUUUUUCAACAAAUAGAAAUUAAGAAGUUAUAUACUCUUUUAUGAAGGCCCAUGUUGAUGAAACAUACUAAAAAUGUAAGGAGAAGUUAUGUGCCCUUUGAAAUGUUAGGAACUUGAUACACUUUUAGAAUUUUUGGGACUCAGGAGUCGUAUACUUUCUGAAAAACUAGUGAGUCGUGUUCUUGUCUGUAGAAAAGUUGAAUCUUUAUGAGAUUUUAUGGACUUGAUCAUUGUUGUGAAAUGCCUAAAUAGUAACUUUACACUUCAUGUAUUUUAUAACUAGUAUAUGUAAGCUACUAAAUGUAACUUAAUGCCCUAUAUAUUUCACAAGACAAUCAAACCGAGUCACCAUCAAUAACCCUAAAAAUACUAUGAACGAAAAGCAAUGUGGUUUGUUCUAAAUCCUUAGAUAGAAAGGUGCAAGUGUGAAGCCGGAGGUAGUUCUUUCCAAUUAAAAACUUAACACUGCUCGCGCUGGUCAUCAAGUGUAUUUACAAGCCCAAAAGUUGCGAUUUCUCCGGAUAAAACACAAAAUUUGAGGCUAUCAUCGUUUAGAAAACACAUUUCCAUCACUAGUUACGUUCACCGUCGACACGUGUAAUUGUCGGCCCGGCCAUGCGAAACCCUGCUUACGUGUUCGCAUAGCCUGUGACAAAUGCAAUGAUUGUUUUUUUUUUUUUUUUUAAAGUCAGCUAAGCUACAUGCUAGCAGCUAGCACCCCAUUGCCGCCGUGCAGUAGACUUGAAGUGUGCGCGGCCGCCAUUAGCCCACGCCGCAGCUACGGGCAGGAUUGCGAAUACACCCUUUUUUUAGUGCACACUUUUCACGUUUUGUUCGCGCUCGGCGGAGAAAACGGAAUAUUCCUCGUCGUCGAACGAACGGCGCCCGUGUUUUUGCUUUGAUGGUGUUUUGUGGUAAAUGUGUGGCGAAGGGGAAAACACUGCGAAGGGAAAUUUAGUCCCCCUCAAAAAAAUCAAAGAUGGAGACUGUUUCUUUCUUCCAGACCUUCAAAGACGACAGAAUGGCAACAUGGCGACCUACGGAGAAACACACAUGGCGUCCAUACAGCCAUCAUUCAUGGACUUUAAGAAACGUGGGCAUACCAUUUAAGAAAGUCUGCUCACUUGCUGAAUCGUCUCAAAGCAUCUUGGCAGUAUCAACGCAAGUAUAUCUCGGUGAAAGCGUGCCAACUUCGCCGGCUUUACGAACAUGAUAAGACCAGCUCUCGCAGCUCAACGGUAAUGGUUAACUAGAUAAUUUCAUAUUUGGGCGGGAGUUGAAAACAACACCCCUCUUUUUUUUUUUUUUUGGAUCGGCCGCCUUUGAACAAGCUGCCGUUCAUUCAUAGCAAAGACUCACCAUGGAGGAGACGUUGCAGCAAGAAAUUGAAUAUAAAAUCCAGAAUGAAGAAGACCAAGGUGGAAUCCGUCGGCGAUUGCGAGAUAGAGAACUUCUCAAGAGGAAAAGAGCCGAAGCGGAGCAGAAGGAAACUUACCAGUGGGUUUCGGGAUUGGAGAGCCCGGGGAAAAGACGGAAGUAUGACCAGAGGAGAAGCACAAAGAGGAGGGGGAGGCCCAGGAAGACGGAUUGCACGGCAGAAAGCUCCCAGGUUGGGGAUUCCCAAGGUCCUGCUGUUUUGGUUCUUCCACAACCAGCGUUAGGAUCGGACUCUCUACCCACUGUGGCCAGCGGCAGUCUGGAAACCGUCUCGACGUGGUCGCCCAACCCCGUCCUUACUCCACUUCCAAACGUAGCGGUCGUUUCACCUCCAGAUCUUGUCCCACCACCCAUCACAGCUCCUCCAGAUGUCUUUCCCACUGCAGUUCUUCCAGAUCUGGACCAAGAUCCGGCCACCGUUUCAGCUCAAACGUCAUCUACAGAUAUUGCUCAACCUCCCAGCGCUGUUCUUCCAGAUCGGUCCACCGCUCCAGAUCAGGCUUUAGCUUCAGAUUCAGUUCCUCUCACUCCUGUCCAGGAUCUGUCUACAGCUUCGGCUCAGUCUUCUUCUCUCGAUCCAGAUCUCGUUGCAUCUCUCACCACAGUUCCUCUAGCUUCUGCCGAAGCACCAGUUCAAUAUUCAACUCCAGAUCUUGUUCCAGCUUCAGAUGGUCUUAUUCCCACUCCAUCUCAAGCCACAGUUGCAGAGGUAGUUGAAGCUCCAACUUGUGCCCCUCAACGGGUGGAGAACCUGUCCACAGAAUCACAAGGCAAGGAGAACCUUGACCUGGUCCUUAUUGAGGACCUGGGCCCGGACCAGCUGGAAAAUUAUGUACCACCAACUCAGGACAAAAAAGCUGAUGAAGGUGAUUGAAUUUGUGGAUGAGAAUACAGCUAAAGAUAGUUUCCCUCAAUUGCCUGUUUUGCUUUCCAGAUGUGAGCCAAAAGCUGUUAAAUUAUGAGGCAGAAUAAAAUAAGAUAUUCACAAUUCCGACCUUGUCUUUGCUGCCCCAAGACUGCCUCCCAGGAAAUUGGUUCUGAUUCCCUUUAACUACUUUUCCGACACUGACUCAUAACAAGAGGCGCAGUCUUGUUUUAUUGUCUUGUUAUUUACUUCAGUAUUAUUUUGGUCCAGAAUGUGGUGGCGGCUGUUGUGCCAGAACAAAUAACAAACUAAUCAUUCCCUCUAAUACAAACAAUGUGUUUCUUGUCAUUGUCAAGUAUUAUUUUUAGAAAAAUGUUAUGCGUCUCAAGCAUUGUAAAUGAGGAAUUCUUUUGUUAGCUCUGUAAAAACUAUUUCACCCAAUAAAAUAUAUUGCGCAGGUC